AUGGUCGCCGGACUGUCUUGCGCCGUGGCUGCCGUCGACGGGCCUUGCGUCCAGGUUCCCCCGCCAGCCCCGUCUGAUUCACUCGCGCGGCUGCUGACCAACACGGCCAAUGGAAACCAUCUUGCUUUUGUCGACGUCGAUGAAGACGGUUGGCUCGACCUACUCAAACAACGGCGACCGCACGUUCUCGACGGGGCCGUCGGCGUCUCAUUUACCACCCCCGGCUGCACCGCCAUCCGCUUCCGUAUUGCUGAUCUGAACGCCGAUGGCCUGGACGACGUUGUCGUCACUUGCACCAACCGCUACCUGGUGAUGCUCAACAAGCCAGGCGGCGACUCAGCGUUCACGCACGUGCUCGUCGGCACCGCAACCAACCCGUUCCAGGCCAUUGUCCAUGACAUUGACGGUGAUGGUGACCCCGACAUUGUGUCGACAUCGAAACAAAACGCGCUUGUCAACAUCUACUGGUUUGAGAACAACGGCGCCGGCACCGGGUGGACCGCACAUACCAUCGACACCGCUCGCACUGCUCUCACCUCGCAGCCGAUCGAUGCCAACAACGACGGAGCCACCGACAUGCUCAUUCUCGACUACAACGGCGGCGUCCAGCCGACCCGGGGCUACGUCAGCCUCUGGCUCAACUCGGGCGACGACAUCAACUGGCUACCGCAGGGCACCCUUACGCCGCACGAGUACCUCGCCAGCUGGUAUGGCGUGGGAAGUCAGCCCCGGAUCGACUUUGACCAAGACGGAAACGAGGACUUUGCCACUUGCUGCCAUGUCUUCUUUGGCCGCGGUGAUGCCACCUUCAAGGAGACAGUCCGUCCGUUUGCGUGCAGUCACCAAUGGAUUCCGUACAACAACUACUACAUCGACCUGAAUGUGGACGGCAAGAUGGACUUGCUCUCCUUCCACAGUGCGACUGGCAACCAACAUGGCGUGCGGGCUUUGAUCAACCUUGGCAACCGCGACUGGGAUGUGGUCGUGGUUGGCCACUUUUGGUACGCGACUGACAUGCGGAUGGCCAUCGCUGACAUCGAUAAUGACGGCGACCUGGAUCUUUUUAACGUUGGAAGCAGUGGCGUUCCCACCUGGCUCGAGAACCGCGGCUCGCAUCCGCUUGGCUUUCGCACCGUUUGCCUCUCACCCUCGUGCACCACGCUCAACGGUCCAGGCUGCCUCUUCGACCAGAUCGCCAACUUUGACACGCACCACGCACUCCGGUACGAGUUUCGUAACCCUGGCAUCCACACUGGAUGCCCCACUAGCCACGUCAGGGUCCCGAAGUCGUCGAUUCCGCUUCAGCUGACUCCAUCACCGAGCGAGUUGGCCAUCAUUCGCAUCGACUGCAACGGAGCAGGCGUUCUGUUUGAGGUUCCCCACGACUCGUCGCUUGAGAUGACGUCGAUGGAGAUAGCGGGGUUGUCGGGAGCGAUCGCUGAUGGCACCCCUCGUCCCGCCUUCCAUGUGCAAGGCGUCGACGCGCGGCUCACGCUGCGCAACGUCACCAUCUCCAAUGCUGUCUCGACUGCUUCCGGUGCGGCAGGCGGUGCAGUGUCUGUUGGUGCCCAGGGCGAGCUUACACUCUCCCACGCCACUUUUCGCAGCUGCACCGCAGGAUCGAAUGGCGGUGCCAUCCACGCCUAUGCGCCUCGCAAGAUGGACAUGAUCGAUGUCACCUUUGACUCGUGUGCAAGCCCAAGCCACGCUGGCGGCGCCGUGGCCCUCGAAGUCAACCCCGAUGAGCCGCCGAUUAUCUGGACCGACGUGGCAUUCAAGAACAACUCGGCGCAGUACGGCGGUGCUCUUUCACUGGUUACCGUUCUCUCGUCUCAGCCGAGCUUCGACUACCCGCUCCAGCUCGACCCAGAGGCGGCACCCGCCGCUGCAAUCGCCGUUGAGAAGCCGAACAUGCUCCAGCUCGCCGGCACCGUGCUCUUUGCAGAGAACAGGGCCGAGUACGGCGACGUUGCCUUUGACUGUUCGGUCGCAGUUGUCCUCGGCGCGCUGCAUCCUGCCUCGGCCCAAGACACGGCGCGGAGCCCUAUGUUUACCUGUGUUCCGCAGGCGGCGAUGGGCGCGUCGAGCACGACGCUGGCUCUUGUUCCUUGGCUCUCCGGCGACGACGCGACGGUGGCGUUUGUCGGCGCGGGCGCGCAGUCGCCGGUGGCGCGGGUCACUGGACCGACCACACCCAUUACCGUUGUCUCGGGUGGGAUGCUCGCCAACUGGAACGUGUCGACCAUCGACGCCUACGGCAAGUCGACUCCCGGCGUGACCGUCGUUCUCUCGGUGGCACCCGAGUCCAGCAACGCAAUAGCUCUCUUGCGACCGCUAGUGACGUCGGUGACCGACGCUACGGGCUUGGCAACAUUCCCGGAUGUCGGGCUCUCCGCCAUCACCGCCGCCAACCUCAAUACCGAUGAGUGGUUGUUGGCCACGCUCACUCUGCCCGGCACCGUCCGUUCUGGUUCUGUGCCGGUCGUCAACAUUCCUGUGCGAGUCAGGGGAUGCGGCAUCGGGUGGGGUGCUGAGCGCAGCUCGCCAAUCUCGUGCGCGCAAUGUCCCGACGGCCUGUUCUCAUUUGAGGAGAGUGGCGAGGCGUGCGUUCCUAUCCCGAUCUGCCCUAUCAACACUGCCCGGACUGGUGAGGCUGUGUCUUCCACAUCGCUCGUCCCGUGCACCUGCCUCCCAGGCUACUGGUCGCCGAGCCGGACCAACAAUGUGGCGUGCGUGAGCUGUCCGUUUGGCGCGAUUUGCUCCGGCACUUCAACUGAGCUUCCAAGCGCGCAGCGCGGAUUCUAUGACGUUGCCAAUGUGACCGGAGCCGCUGGUGUUGACAUGAUCGAGUGUCCACGACCCAACUCUUGCGCUGGCGCGUCGCGGUGCUCGCCUGGCACGACUGGCUUCAUGUGUACCGUCUGCGAGGACGGCUACUACACUGGGCCAUCUGGUGAGUGCGAGGCGUGCGGCUCGACUACAAGCACGCUUUUCUACGCCUUUGUCUCGGCGGUAGUCGUCCUUUCCAUCGUGGCGGUUGUCAUUAUGGCGGUCAUGGCGCGGCUGGACACCAAGUCACAGCGCUUGGCCGCGGCCGGUACCGCAGCAACCGUUCGUCGAGUUGCCUCGGGCAUGCCGCAUGGCAUCAAGUCGGGCAUCCUCUUCCUCCAGAUCCUAGCAGUUGUAGGCUCGGUAACCGAGAUCCGGUGGCCUUCCCCGACGCGCGAGAGCAUGAACAGCUUUUCGUUCCUCAACCUCUCGCCGUCGGUGGUGGCCUCCGAGUGUGUGCUCGGCGACUUUGGGCUCUCGUAUAUCUUCUCGGUCUUUGUCCCAACAGCAGUCUUUUUGCUCAUCGCGUUAUCUGCCAGCCUUGCACGGUUUGUCUUGCAGAUUCGCGCCAUCUCUGUCCGGCGGGUGCUGGAGAAGACGCUCUUCAUUCUCGGCCCGAUGCUGUACAUCACCUGCGCCCAGUCGUCGCUAGUCCUCUUUGACUGCACCAAGCUGCCGUCAGGCGAGUGGAUGCUCGACGCCAACCCGUCGUUCCGAUGCUACACGAGCAAGUGGUUGGCGCUUGUACCGUUUGGCGUCUUUGCCAUCGCAGCCUACGUCCUCGGCCUCCCGGCGUUUCUGGUGUGGCGGUUGCACGCGGUCCGGCGACGGCUUGACAUGCCCGAGGUCCAAGCGCGGCUAGGCAUGCUCUACUCCAUGUAUCGCCGCGAGUACUACCUGUUCGAGAUCUGGCUCCUCGGCAAGCGACUGGCUCUUGUGGCGGCCUCGAUGUUUGCCUCUCAGCAAGUGGUCUGGCUCCUCUUCGCCCUCAUCCUGCUGUUUGUCGCCUCGGCCGGUAUCCAGCUCCGGCUCCGCCCGUACAACAUCCCGCAGUACAACGACCUCGAGCUUCAACUCAACAUCAUCAUCGCCUUUACUGUCCUCAUGGGCUCGUUCUUCUGGGUCGACGACUUUCCCAACGACGCUUCGUUUGCCAUCUUUGUUGUCAUGACCACCCUCGCCAUUGUCGCUGCCCUCGCCCUCCUCACUCGCCUCGUGAUGUGGGAGUUGACAGUCAAGGCCCGGGCGCUGGUUGCCAGCUCGUCGAGCAUGAGCGCCGACGAAACAGUGGAGAACAGCAAAGCCGACGGCGCCGACCAUCGCCAGACCUCAAACCUCUCGUCGGUCAUUGACGAGGAGAGCGGAAGUGACUCCCUCGACGCACCGAUGGCACCGCCGAUGGCACCCCGAAGGCUCGCCUACACCGGAGGCGCAGCAGCGCCAAAGUCAGUCCUGCUACGUCGCCACAAGCUCGGAUAA